CCUCAGUAUAUGUUUACGAAAAGAGCCUCAUUUUGCAAGUAUUCAGGGCUAUUUGAUGCCUUGUUGCUAGGUAGCCGGGCUCGUGGGUAGGAGCUGCGUAUACUUCUGCUUCCGCCCUGCAAGCCCGGUAGCUGGUAACAAAUUCGCUGCGUGUAGGCCUUGAAUGCUGAUGCGUAGCUUCCGGGAGCGGAGAACAGCUUCCUCUCUCGGAGCGUGGCGACCGCGGCUUCUGGAAGCUAGUGUUUAGCGUGCAACUCUCGUUCGUAGCCCAUGGCGUCAGGUCCCGCGCAACCCGCGGCCUUGAGCGCCGAGCAGGCUAAGGUGGUCCUGGCUGAGGUCAUCCAGGCGUUCGCAGCCCCGGAAAACGCCGUACGUAUGGAAGAGGCUCGGGACAAUGCUUGCAAUGACAUGGGCAAGAUGCUGCAGUUCGUGCUUCCCGUGGCUACGCAGAUCCAGCAGGAGGUCCUCAAAGCCUACGGCUUCAGCUGCGAUGGGGAAGGUGUCCUGAAGUUUGCCAGACUGGUGAAGUCCUAUGAAGCUCAAGAUCCUGAGAUUGCCAGCUUGUCUGGGAAGUUGAAGGCCCUGUUUCUGCCCCCUAUGACUCUGCCCCCCCAUGGGCCUGGAUUAGGGGGCAGUGUGGCAGCCUCCUGAGGGAGUACCUGCCCCAACAUGACUUAUCUGGAGGGGAGGCACACGAGUCAUCCCCGAACUGCUGGUGUCCCUGGAGGAUAAUAAAUAUUGCUAAUUCUUGGUCUCA